UUCUUUAAGGUGGCCACAAAAAAGGCACCCCAGAUAAAAAAGACCCCACCACCUCCAGGAGUGAAGGAAGGAUCCAUCGAGGAGGACACCAAUGAGGCACCACUGGCCAAAACUAUAGCAAAGAACAGUGAAGCAGUAAAUAAUGAAACAGCUGAAGCCAAACAGCCGAGUGAGGCAGAUGAUGAUGUAGAAUCAUAUGAAGAUUCUGAAAAGGAAGAUGCUUCAUCUGAGAAUGAGGAUGAUUUGGAAGAUGAAAAAGAAGCUCCUGUAACUCCAGCAAAAAGAAAAGCAGACACAAAAAAAGACAAGGAAACGCCACCAGCCAAGAAAGAAAAAAGUGAUGAAGGCUUUAUUCUCUUCAUGGGCAACGUGAAUUCAGAGGAAGAUUCUGGUGAAAUUGAAUCAGCAAUCACACAUUUCUUCUCAAAUGAAGGCCUUGAAAUUCAGACUGUGCGUCUUGCCGCCUCCAGGAAAUUUGGCUAUGUUGACUUUGCAUCAGAGGAAGACCUACAGAAAGCAUUGGAGCUUAAUGGCAAGAAUUUAAUGGGCCAACCAGUGAAACUUGACAGAGCCAGAAGUAAAGAAAACUCCAAGCAACGCAAGACAGCUGCUGAUCUGACAAACAAACUUCUUGUAAACAAUCUGCCAUUUAGUGCGACGGAAGACACUCUCCGGCAUAUGUUUACUAAAGCGGUGAGCUUCAGAAUGCCACAGAAAAACGGCAAGUCGCUGGGGUAUGGAUAUGUGGAGUUUGAGAGUGUGGAGGAUGCCAGGAACGCAAAGAAGACCUGUAAAAAUAUAGAGAUCGACGGCAGAUGUGUCAGAGUAGAGUACAGUUAUACCGGGCAAGAGAGAGAGGGCAGAGGCAGAGGCGGAGUUGGUUGUUCAUCAAACAGAGUUUUUAUAAACAAUCUGUCAUUUAUUGUGACUGAAGACUCUGUCCGGCAAGUGUUUGAGAAGGCUGUGGCCAUCAGAAUACCACUGGAUAAAGGCCAGACGCAGAAAUAUGCACUUUUGGAGUUUAAUAGUUUGAAGGAAGCCACACAAGCACGGACGACCUGCCACAAUAUGAGGAUUGAGAGCAAAAGUAUCAGACUAGAAAGCGGGAAUGAGACCAGGAACAGCGGAAAAGAGCGAGGAAGCUCUGAACCCACAAAAACCCUGUGUGUCAGAGGCCUGUCAGAAGAUACCACAGGUCAGACGCUAAGAGAUGUGUUUGAAGGUUCCGUCAGUGCCAGAAUCAUCACAGACCGAGAUACAGGAUCCUCAAAAGGAUUUGGUUUCGUAGAAUUUAACAGUGAAGAAAACUGCAAGGCUGCCAGAGAAGCAAUGGAGGACUGCAAGAUACACGGAAACACGGUGACUCUGUACUACGCCAAUGCCAAGCAAGUGGCGAGUCGGGGUGAAGGAAAGGGUGGUUCGGUUGGCAGUGCAGCUGGAAGAGGUGGUGGCUCCAGGGGAGCGAGAGGAGGAGGAAGAAGAGGUGGACGAAGUGCACAUUGGAAUUAAUGCAUUCUACUUUCCUCUGACAGUGACCCUUGUUUGAAAAAUUAGGAUUGAAAAUUUAUGAUAAAAAGUGUAAAACUCAUGUGCCAAGUUCUUAUAUAUUUGGAACAUCUGUGACUGUCAUCCAUAUAUCCAACUGCCGGAGGAAGUCAUCUGAAAACUAGCAAUUCACCUCUUUCCAAAAUGGGAAUUAAAUCCAAUUAAAAUAAAAAGUUUUCAAACAUAUUAAGCUUUUAUAAGAAUGUACUGUAUAUUCAUGUUUUUUUCCAGUGUGAACACACAUUGACCACUGCAGACGCCCUGGUCGUGCUAAGUUAUAUUCAAACUGAACGCAAAACAAAAAAGCCAAGGGAACGGCUGAUGAACAGUGCAUUCACUCCAAAGGCAAAACAAUAGACUACGUGCACAAGCGUAGCGACGAACUUCCGCUGUCGCCAGAAGUCAGGAUGUCAGUUUCCGGUUUGCUCUCGCACCACGCAAAAUGUCAGUGUUUACAAGAUGUCUUCAAGAUCUGCCAAAAAAUAAGCAUUAACGAUGUACACCGCAUCGUUGAUGCCUGGUCUCCUGCUCCAACAAGCAAGCGGGACAAAGGACUUAAACUAUAUAUCGAGUUAUAUCCACAACUACGAGGAUAAGUAGUUUAAUCUAAUGUGGUGUGCUGACAACUAACGUUACUGCUUAUGCACAGGGCGUAUUGAUCACCUUCAGGUAUUUUAGGUCUAGACAGCUGAUCAAAGAAAUCUGAUGUAUUUCUCCGCUACGAGUAGGCUAUGGAGCUGUGCAGAUGAGUUUACUGUUGUUUGGCAUUGUAAAUAGACUGUUGUAAUCAUAUCAGUCUUAGGGCGUUUAUACAAGACCGUUUUCAACAAAAAUGGAAAACUUAUCAUGCGUUUUGGCUAUUCAUUUACACAACAAACUUGAAAACUGGUCUCAAAGUGCACGUUUUGUAAUAAAAACAGCAUUAUCGUUUCCGUGUAAACUCUAAAGGCAGCGUUAUCCAAAAACGAUGACGUCAUACGCAUGCGUGUUACGCUUUCAGUCUGAAGGCAUGCAUGAGAAUUCCCCAAAGGCGGCCUCCAUGCUGCAUGUUUGUACCGCAUGACAUACAUCAUUUCUCCAGCAAAAAGUUGAUUUACUGCACCACUACAACCAGCGCAGACAUAGUAUUUGUAUACACAAACUAUGAACAUACAGGUGCUGGUCAUAUAAUU